CUUUGACUUUGACUUUCUUCUCUUCUUUAAACAACCGUAUGCGCAAAUCUCUUACAAAAAUCGACGAUACCGUAGUUCGUCGAUUCUUGUAUCUGAGCUAUCCUUUUUGAAGUAUAAGAACUAAGUCGAAAUCCAACUCGAACUCGAACUCGAAACCUGUCUUGGAAAGUCGAAAGUCAUGGCUUCCCCAAUGAAUGGUAGAGCUCCCCAGCCCAAGAUGGCAGAAUCAACAAUUCCCUCUAGCGAGGAUCUUGAACUCCUACGGUCUUUAAACAAGCUCUCUCUUGCUACUUCUCCCACCAACCACACUUUCACUCCGCCAUCACACUUGUCUAUAACACCCCACUCGAACACACAGAGGUUCCCACCUGGUCCUUUCUCGCCAGCCUCUCCUAGCGGUAGACCACCUUCCCGGAGCCCUAACCCCCGGACUGGUUCAAGUGGUUUAACCUCGCAAUCUCGAUCGGGAACGCCAACCUUGCUACGUAAAACUUCUAUGAACUCGCUACACUCGUCUAGUGGAGUUGCCCCGAACCGCGCCCCUUCACGUAAAGGUAGUUCUAGCAACCUUCGUUCGCCAUCUACUACUAAACCACCUUCAAACGAAUCCCCACGCACGAUGGAGGAACCCAAACCAAGACCAUUUUGGUCUGCCGGUGCGGUAGCAAGAAUCUACAUGGAGAAAGAGUUGAAGUUGCUUCAUGGAGAUUCAUCAAUUCAUCAUCCCGAGACCGUUGUCAUUCUCCAUGAUGCCUGCUACGGCCAUCGCUUUUCGCGACCCCGACCCACCAAGCUAUCUUUUAAUACUAUUGUUGAACGCCCCGAGCGAAUUCAAGCCGUUGUACUUGGUGUAUCGACAGCAUAUGUCCGGCUUGGUGAGCGUCACUGUGACGGAAAACACCCUGUUGACCUCCACCUUGAUCCCACAACGCUCCCAAACAUUCCUUUUCGUAUUCAGAAGACUACACGUACACUGGCGAUCAAUUCUCCAACUGUCACCAACGUUCACGGAACCAAGUGGAUGGACGAUCUAAAAUAUAUGUGUGACGCUACGGAGACAAAACUGGCCGACAGGAUGAAUGAAGUACUUCGACCGGAUGAUACAGAAGCAGAUAUCAAGGCCGGCAACGUACUCCACAAAGGAGACCUCUAUUUAUGUGCAGAGUCCUUGAACGCAUUUGAGGGAGCACUUGGCGCUGUCUGCGAUGCUGUGGAUGCGGUCUUCGGCAAUUCGCCUUACAAGCGUGCCUUUGUAGCAGUGCGUCCUCCGGGUCAUCAUUGUUCUGCACAGAAUCCCCAAGGAUUCUGCUGGGUCAACAAUGUGCAUGUCGGCAUCAUGCAUGGAUUUCUCAACCACGGAUUGACGCAUGUUGCAAUCAUCGAUUUUGAUCUACAUCAUGGAGACGGCUCUCAAGCCAUUGCAUGGGAACACAACAAACGUGGCAACACAUCAAAGAAUGUGGCGGCCUGGAAGAAAACCUCUAUUGGAUAUUUCAGUCUCCACGAUAUCAAUUCCUACCCUUGUGAAGAUGGCCCGGAUGAGAAGAUUACGAAUGCAAGCGUUUGCAUAGAAAACGCCCAUGGUCAAAAUAUGUGGAACGUCCACCUCCAAGAGUGGAAAUCAGAAGUUGAAUUUUGGAAGCUAUACCAAUCCAAAUACUCUAUUCUCCUAGAGAAAGCUCGAACUUAUCUACGAACGCAGACUGAGAAAUAUCGCGCUUCUGGUCAGGUGCCUAAAGCUGCAAUAUUCUUCUCUGCCGGAUUCGACGCAAGUCAAUGGGAAAACCCGAAUAUGCAACGCCACUCGGUUAAUGUCCCGACUGAGUUUUAUGCUCGUCUUUCCCGUGAUGUGGUCAAGCUUGCGGCCGAAGAAGGACUGAGCGUCGAUGGUCGGAUCAUUAGUGUUCUUGAGGGCGGCUACAGUGACCGAGCUCUGUAUUCGGGCGUUCUCAGCCAUCUUACUGGUUUAGCCGGCAAUGCACCUUUGACGCCGAAGGAAGAGGUCCCCGGUGGAAGUGCGAGCACCUAUGAGAUGAGCACUAGGAUUGGAUCACUCAACAGGCGAAAUACGCUGACUGAUGAUGGGAUGAAACUCAGGGUCCCGGGGUUCCCGUAUGACCCAGCUUGGUGGUCAACUGCUGAGCUUGACCGACUUGAUGCUACCUUGGCAGCACCGCCACCCCCGGAGCCGCCGAAGAAGGUUCCGCGCCUCGUUCCCGGGAAUUAUUCAUCCCCAACCCAUGCAUCGUGCGCAAAAGCUGUAGACCCGACUAAGGUUCGGCGUACGCUGUCAAGUGUCGCGGCGCCUCCUGCGCGAGCCCCAACUCCUCCCCCCGCAGAGGUAACCUGGACUGAUGCUGCCCACGAGCUCAGCAAAUUGCUUAUCCCUAAGGAUCGCCCAGUUUCCAGUCAUACGUACAAGGAGCUUCAUGCUAAAACCGACCGUCAGAGCAUGCUUUCUCAAAGUGAUCAAGGUGCCGAAGAUGGUGCAACUAAUGGCCAUGCUGACCCUGUUCUGGCAGCUGCCCCAGUAAGGAAGUCUACGCGAGAGAAGAAGCCAGUUCGGCCUCCGGGUCAGGCUGAGAACGAUGACUCGACCAGAACGCGUAGGAAGACUGUCGGAGGGUCCACAGUUGCCACAGAGAAGGCGCUCGCUCGAGGUAUUCCUGUACAGCAUGGCUCCGGGCCAAGCCGACAAUAUAGCGGUGCAUCGACUCUUCCACUAGAUGCACCACCUGUUCCGAUGGCAAGGCCGAUGACUUCUCAAAGCUUCCGCCCCGAGACAACUAUGGGUAUACGAAGCCAGUCAUCUCUCUCAUUGCAUGUUAAAAAGACUCGUCCUGCAGUACCCGCGAGAAGGGAAAGCACUCGACCGGCAAAAAAGACUCAAGCUGCUACAUCCAAGUUCGAGAACACCAAUUUGCCCGCGCAAACUGAAUUGCCAAUCAAUUCAGCUGCAGAAUCUGCACCGACUGCGACAGAUGCCGGAAGUGACGUUAAGGACAUCACCAAUGGCAUGAAGAAAAUUAAGAUCAAUGUCCUCACCAAGGAGAUGAAGGAAGCCAGACAACAGAAGGCUCAAGCUGAGAAAAAGGCAGCAGAGGAGAAGACCAGAACUCCUAGUCUUCCUGUUGAGCUAAUGCCCGGAUUUCCAGUCCCAAGUGAAGCAGAGCGCUCGAAGGCAGCAGCAGCAGCAGCUCCCAAAUCUGCUUACCCAUCACUCCCACCCUAUCCUAGCUCGUCAGCACAGCCUGUUCCAGGGGCGGGUCAAGUCGAUAGCACGUUCGUGCACUAUCAGCCCACAGGGCCAUCCUCAAUAGUCUCAAGCCCUAUUUCUAGCCCGAUACAAUUUACUGAGCCAAUCACUAGCGCGCAAGCUAUGCUGAGACAGACCCAGCAGAUUCCAACAUUCAAUGUAUCAUCAGUUAUGUCAAGCCCAAGCCGACAAGGUGGCCACAGUUUUACCCCUACGUCCAGCAUCCCUUUUGCACCUCACGAAGAACUUCAGUCGCCGCGUAAGAUUGAGAAAGCAAAUGGAGGGGUCUAGGAGAUACCAGAAACGCCACGACAUGGCUGAUUCCCUUUUAGGGUUUUAUUAUAUCGGUUUAUUGAAAGAAGAUUCCUGUUUGGGGUUCUAAUC